AUGAAUUUGUUUUACAUAUUGAUUUAUGCUGAAAAUUUCAUGUGCAUCUAUAGAAACUUUUUAAGUCUAACCAAAAAUCAGAAGAUCAUAGCUAUCACACGGAUCAUUGUUGAAUUAUCUCUGUCCAUCGCUAUCACAGUGAACAAUGUCAUUUUGAGUGAUUUCGUUGAUUUUGACUACAGUGAUAAGGAUAAAUUGAUGACAGACAUAUUGCAGUUUCUCACUUUGUUUAAGAGUCUCGUUAUUGUCAUUGGCGGAGUGGUAACUGCUGAAGCCUUCAGUAGAUUUACUGAUAACCUUCGAAAGCUACACAACUGUUUCAAAGAUAAUGAGUAUUACGAAAAUGCUGCUAAAAAUCUGAGAGUCAAAUGUCUUGUGGGAUUUGUCGUGUUCACUGUAAUGGGUGUUAUACUUUUACUAGUUCGACUUAUCGACUGGUAUUCUUUGGAGACAUAUUUACUGAGAGAGAUCAUUAUACUUGUGGUACAUGAGCUGUGGGUGGAUAUACGCUACACAUUGGAACAUUUAGUUGUCUACUGCGCAAUAACAACUACAUACAACUAUUUGAAAUGUUUGAGCAUUGCUGUCAAUGAUGUUUUAAAAAGAUACAAUGAGCAAGACAAUACGGAGUCUAGUUCAGAUGGAAACGAAGAUAUCGUUGAUUUGCCUAAAAAGGUUAAUUAUUGGACGGAAAAGUAUCAAAAUAUCAUGGCGUGCUGUAAAAAUAUUUCAUUGUGUUACCAAGAGUUGGAGAGCAAAGUAGUAGACGGAUUACAUGAUGGUAAGCAAUCAGUGUUGCACUUGGACGCUAACAGUAUAUUGAGAGACCUCAAAGACCCGACGAAACACUUUAGAGCCUGUUCCCUUAUUAGUAAAGCUGUCGAGCAAUAUGAUGUAGUAGAAAAGAGGGCAUCUGAAGAGAGAAAAGAUGGGAAAGAUGGGAAUAAACAAAUUUUGACUAUUCAUGAUUUGGAUGAGUGGGCCAUGAAGUAUCGGGAUUUAGUAACUUGCUCCAAUAAACUCUCAGCGUGCUUCAGUAGUCAGGUUACUGACCACAUAGUAUUCUCAAUGGUUGGUGCGUACGUUUUUUUAUACGCAAUAUUCUCAGCGUAUUUUGUCAUAUUCGCUGGUCAACACCUGCUAAACGAGAAUGCUGUUAUAAAGAAGAGUGUAGCGACGUUAUACAGCACGUGGUCUACGCGUCCUCAAGCCCCAGAAACGAAACGCUUAAGGAACUUGAAUAAACUGGUAAAUGUAAACCCUAUUCAGAUAGAAUACACCAACAAAAUUGUCUUAGGCAUGUACCUAGUUCCUAUCAUAAUGUCACUCUCAGCUAGCUACGUUAUUGUCGGCUUACAGUUCAACCAUGAGUCGAAACAACUGGAGUCCAAAAGGGCUGAUGUCGCGCUCGAUUUGCAACCCCGCGUGACACCAGUCCUAUUGGACGCCAGUAGCAGAUUCGGUCUGGAACAGGUGAAGGAACAGGAUGGCGUUUAAUCCAACAUCGAAAACGAAGCCAAUCAAGAAUCUAUAUCUCCUAGUGAACUCAAACCCAAUAAAAAUAGAGUACACAGGAAAAGUUGUGCAAGGGAUAUGCCCCAUCUCAAGUGGCAGAUGCUGUUACCAAACUCCAGCUCUUCGUGA